AUGGAAGAACAUGUUGAAAAGAAAAUCAAAGAACAUCUCGCUUUGACACAAGUUAUAACUCUUACAAGUAAAUUCAUUUGGAAAAUAAACAAUUUUACCGAUGACUUAGAAAAGGCUAAACAACCUGGACAGGAACAGAAACGUAUGUACAGUGAUCCAUUUUACACUGACAAGUAUGGAUACAAAAUGAGGGUUCAGUUGUACCCCAAUGGAAACACGGAUGAAGCCACUGGACAUGUAUCAAUAUUUAUUCAGCUGCUGAGAGGUGAAUACGAUGCAGUAUUACCCUGGCCUUUUGCAAGGAAGAUAACCGUCACUCUGUUGGAUCAGAAAAAAGACUUACAAGAAAGAAAGAAUGACGAAAACACUAUACCCUACAAGGACAUGUUAAACAACCCAGGGUCCUUCAAUAGACCAACUACAGAUUCAAAUACUGGACUUGGCUUCCCAAACUUUAUAUCACACGAGAAAUUGAUGACCGAAAACUACAUCGUUGAUGAUACAAUCUUCGUACAAGUAGAAGUCAGAGAAGAAUACACUGGAACUGAAUAA